AUGUCCAGCCAAACCCCCUUCGACACCGAAAUCCGAUCCACCCCUUACACGGACAGAAAAGUCCCUAUCCAAACCGAAGUCCCCCUUCGAACAAAAACACCUCCUCCUCCACCACCACCCGACGAACCUACCACAACCACCACCCCCAAGCCCAAAGCCCCCUACCCAUCCUGGAAAAUCAGUCACGUCUGGUUCCACGUCCCCCCCGGCGGCGAAGACUCCCACGACAACUCCUGGCCACAUUACCGCCACGGGCUGUGGGUCGAGCACGGCCCCAAUGGCCGCGGCCAUCUGCACCACGCCAUCGGCAACGUCUCCAAUAGGGAAGGCUUAAUAUACGCAGUCAAACACUUCAAGUACCCCAUUACCAACGAACCUACGUAUGCCGGCGAAACGGUCAUCGGCUACCUCAGCCCAGAACGCUAUCCCGAGCUCAAACAGAAGUUCAUGAAAUGCCAGCCUCCGGCGCAGCAGAAGAAGUACAACCGGCGCACGGAUGUCACAGAACCGUUCCGGAUAAAUGAGGAUGAUCAUAUCGCCUUUUAUAGUCAGUAUAGGCUGGAGAGGUUUAUGUUUCCGCCGUUGAAGGCGGAUCGGUAUUUUGUUAAGUUGCAGUUGCUGGAGAAGGUUAGGGAGAUGCCUCUGAGUAGGGCUGGGAAUGGGGAGCAUGUGGUCCUUAGUGGGUUUUUUCCGGUAGAGGAGUGGGAUGCGCCUGAGGAGCCGAGAUAUGGUUCUGCUGGUGAGGGGAGUGGGUGA